AUGAGGUUAAUUUCAUCGUUCAUCCGCCAGUCUGGCCUACGUCUCCAGAGACGAUACAGUACAAAGACACCAUCUACCAUCAUUUCAGCUCUCAAAGCCCAUCCUCCCAAGAUAAUACCAGAUUAUCUAACACCCAUGCCCUCACAUCUUCUAAACACCACUAUCAAUGACCUUCUCUGCCAUUCUUCCUCAUCGCCAAUAAUAUCUUCACCUCCUAAGGAUCUUCCUCAAGGCCAUCACCUUGUCUACUUCCCUAUCCAGUUGCCCCCUUCGCGGCUCAUUCCGGACGGUGCGGAUCCUGAUCACUCACCUGGUUCGCCAUAUACUCGGCGAGUUUGGGCGGGCGGCGAGGUUAUCUUCCGGGGUGAGGGGAUGAAGCUUGAUGCUAGGCCAGUGAUCUGCAGGGAGAAGAUAGAGGAUGUUGCCUUGAAAGGUAAAGAGGGUGAGGAGAAAGUAUAUGUUGAUAUUUGGAGGAGAUACGGAAACGGUCAUGAAGUAGAGGGGAGAGAAGACUGGGAUAUUGAGGAGAGAAGGACUUUGGUAUUCAUGAGGGAGGAAAAAGAAUCUGCGUCAUCGCCUGCGCGUCUUCUCAAAUAUCCUCACCCACCUUCUUAUUCCAUCUCUCUCACCCCAUCGCCUACACAUCUAUUUCACUUUUCGGCUCUCUCCUUCAACGCGCACUCGAUCCACUUUGACCCGCAGUUCGCGCGAGAAGUAGAUGGUCAUCGGUCACUUCUCGUCCACGGCCCCUUCACUCUUGCCCUAAUGCUCCGCGUUCUGAACGACCAGGUUAGCUCUGGCGCAUCCGUUCAAAAGUUCAGUUACAGAAAUUAUGCACCUCUCUAUGUCAACGAGAGCAUGAGUAUCAAUGUCCGCAGAGUAUCAAAAGACGAAGGCGUGGAGGGACGAUGUGAUGUUUGGAUUGAGGGACCAGAAGGAGGAAUGGCUGUCAAAGGAACAGCAGAUGUUGUCAGCAGGUAA